CACGCCAUUAGCAAUUUGACAAAACAGAUGGAAACCCUGAAACCCUCCUCCUUCUUUCUCUAUAAAUUCAUGCCUCCUCUUUUCCAUUCCACUCCCCCUCUCCUACCUUUCCUGCAUCUCUCUCUCUCUCUCACUCUCACUCUCUCUCUCUCUCUAAAACUCUCUCUCAAGUUCUUCCACUUCUGAAUUUCGUUUCUUCCAUUUCAAGUUCUUGCAAGCAAUUGAAGCUAUUGCACAGAGUUCCUCAAGGAUCUAAUGGAGACAAUGAUGAGAAGCUUUGCAAAGCUUUAUCAUUCAAUGAGACUUCAAAGACCAGGAGCCACUACAACAGACUAUAUUGAAAGCAUCUCAAAAGCAAGGCAUGACAAGAAUGUUGCUGAUGAUCACACUAAAACACACCCUUGCGAUGAACUAGAUGCUAGCGACACAAGUUACAACUCUUGGUUGAUUGAACAUCCUUCUGCAUUGAGAUGUUUCAAAGACAUGAUAAGCAAUGCUAAGGGAAAGAAGAUCGUCGUGUUUUUGGAUUACGAUGGCACCCUCUCUCCCAUUGUAAAUGACCCUAACCGUGCUUUCAUGUCUGAUUCGAUGCGCUCAGCUGUAUGUGAAGUUGCUCGGCGUUUUCCAACAGCCAUAAUUAGUGGUAGGAGUCGAGACAAGGUGUAUGAAUUUGUGAAAUUAGAUGAAGUAUACUAUGCGGGAAGCCAUGGCAUGGACAUAAGAGGUCCACCAAGGCAGCUGAAGACUUACGAUGGCAAGUACCAAACCAAAGACUUCGAUAUAAAGGGGAACGAUUAUGUCAUCUUCCAACCCGCACAAGAGUUUUUGCCUAAAAUCAAAGAGAUGUUAGGCGAGUUGGAGAAGAAAACCAGCAAAAUACAGGGUGUCAUGAUAGAAGACAACAGGUUCUGCAUUUCUGUACAUUACCGACACGUCCACCAAGAGGAUUAUGACAUGCUGCAAGAGAGAGUGCAGUGUGUACUUGCUAAGUAUUCAAGUUUUCACUUAACGAAAGGUAAAAAGGUGAUGGAAAUUAGGCCAUCAAUUAAGUGGAACAAAGGCGAUGCCGUGGAAUAUUUACUUGACACUCUAGGGCUCGCUAGCUCUAGUGAUGUUCUCCCUAUAUAUAUUGGAGAUGAUCGAACUGAUGAAGAUGCUUUUAAGGUUGUAAGAAGUAGAGGAGGAGAGGGGUAUCCAAUCAUAGUGUCAUCCACACCAAGGGAGACCAUGGCCUCAUAUUCUCUAAGGGACCCUUCUGAAGUAUUUUCUUUCUUGAUCAGUCUGGCCAGAUUCACACACACUUCUUCCUACUAGCCCAAGCCAAGCCACGUCACUUUUUCAAGACUCUGGCUGGGUAUUACCAUGACUCAAGACUGACUUCACUGGGGUGUUCUUGUACAUAAAAAAUAAUAAUAAUAAAUAAAAAAAGGUUUAGAGAGAGACACAGAGAUAGAUCAAGAAAAAGAAAAGAAAAGAAAAGUAGCCAACAGCACAGUUGUACUACUUAAACGGUAUAUAUAUAUAUAUAGUAAAAGCACUUUACUACUCGUGCAGUUUGUAAAUAGUUUAAUGGUUUAUUUCUAAUUACUAAUACUACCUUCUCUGA